GCUGUUUGUAAACCGCCGUUAAAGGAAACCAAAGAAGACAGAAAGACGAGGAAACAACAGCGAUAUUCUUUUUGCGACUGCUUGUUGUCUUUGUACUAUUUCAGCAAUGCCGAAGGUAAAAAGAAGUAGAAAACCGCCUCCAGACGGGUGGGAGUUGAUUGAACCAACUCUGGAUGAGCUGGAUCAAAAAAUGAGGGAAGCCGAGACUGAGCCACACGAAGGCAAACGGAAAGUGGAAUCUCUGUGGCCCAUUUUCAGACUGCACCAUCAACGGAGCCGCUACAUUUUCGACCUUUUCUACAAACGAAAGGCUAUCAGUAGAGAGCUCUACGAGUACUGCAUCAAAGAAGGGUAUGCAGAUAAGAACCUGAUCGCGAAGUGGAAGAAGCAGGGCUAUGAAAAUUUGUGCUGCUUACGUUGCAUCCAGACCAGAGAUACAAACUUCGGAACAAACUGCAUCUGCAGAGUGCCGAAAAGCAAACUUGAAGUGGGUAGGAUUGUUGAAUGCACUCACUGUGGAUGCAGAGGAUGCUCUGGCUGAAAUGCAGUUUUCUUUUCUGCGCCUCAAGACCAUCUGUAGCCAUUUUGUAAACAUCAAAGGCCUAUAACUUAAAGAUUGUCCUGUCAUGUUGAUGUAUAUUCCUGGACAAUGACCGUUUUACUGUUGUGAAAUCAAAUAACAAAUCUGGAGUUGCAAAGGAUGUAUACUCUUAAAGUAUCAAGUUCAAGUUUUUAACAGUUAAGGAAGUUUUGUGAACGCUUACUACUUGUAGUCUGGCUGACAAUGGCAUUAUCAGUGGCAUUUCUGGACCAAGGAAUGUUUUAUUUGAACCUAUUUUUAAUUUACUUUAGUUACCACCCUUUUUUAUUUUUUUUGAUUUGCCGUGAAAAGUUCCUAUCCAGGUUUAUUUAAUUCCCGGGCAACACAAUGUAAUUGACUACAAUAAAUUAAAAUUUUCAUAUUUUCACUAAA